CCCCCCGCCUCGCCUCACCUCACCCCGGAGGAGGCAGCCGCCAGGCUCCCUCCUGAGCCCUCUGCACGCGUCAGCUGCCCGGGGAGAGCAACGCCUGGGCCUGAAGUCUGCCCCUUAUUCCCGGAUCCUUGCCCGGAGUUCACUCUGCACACCACCUCCGCCUGGUAGUGCUUGUAACCAUGGAGAAGCUAAGGAAUGCAAACACCUGUUUUGCACUUGAUCUACUUAAAAAGUUUAAUGAAACCAAUCCAACAGGAAACAUCUUCUUCUCUCCCAUCAGUAUUUCUGCUGCACUGGCCAUGAUUCUGUUAGGGGCCAAGGGUAACACAAAGACACAGAUGUUGAAGGCACUUCAUUAUGAUGAUGCUGAAGACCUUCAUUCAAGAUUUCAGACCCUGACUUCUGAUGUUAACAGGCAUGGAUCUCCCUAUCUGUUGAAGCUCGCCAAUCGUCUGUACGGAGAGAAGACCUACAUUUUUUUGCCAGACUUCUUGGCUAACACUCAGAAAUUUUAUGGAGCCAGUUUGGCUAUGGUUGAUUUUCUCCAUGCUUCUGAUGAAGCACAGAAGCAUAUUAACCAGUGGGUAGAAGAACAGACUGAAGGUAAAAUCCCCAACCUGUUGUCUGAAGGCUCACUUAAUAACACAACCAGACUGGUGCUGGUGAAUGCCAUUUAUUUCAAAGGCAAAUGGGGAGAAAAAUUUGAAGAACAGAACACCAAAGAAAUGCCAUUUCACUUAAAUAAGAAUGAAACAAAGACAGUGAAGAUGAUGUAUCAGAAAAAGAAAUUUCCAUUUGGGUAUAUCCGUGAACUGGAGUGUCGUGUGUUAGAACUUCCCUAUGAUGGAGACGAACUUAGCAUGAUCAUCUUGUUACCUGAUGAAAUUAAAGAUGAUACCACUGGACUACAACAGCUAGAGAAGCAGCUCACCUUUGAAAAGCUUUGUGAAUGGACAAAACUACAAAAUAUGCAGCCCAUUGAUGUUCAUGUGCAUCUGCCUAAAUUUAAGAUGGAAGACAGCUAUGACCUUAAAUCCGCUUUAUCAGGUCUGGGCUUUCUGGAUAUAUUUGAUAGUGGCAAGGCUGACUUGUCUGGAAUGUCAGGUGCACGAGACCUCUUUCUGUCUAAAAUUGUUCACAAGUCUUUUGUGGAAGUGAAUGAAGAAGGCACAGAAGCUGCAGCUGCCACAGCUGGCAUAAUUGCAAACUGCAUGUUUAUGGAAGAGCAUUUCACAGCUGACCAUCCUUUCCUUUUCUUCAUCUGGCAUAACCCAACGCAAAGCAUACUUUUCUUUGGCAGGUAUGCUUCCCCAUAACAGAAAAACAUAGUUUACUAUCUGAUUAAUUUCUACUGAAACCAACAGAGAUUUUUGCCUUUGAAUUGAAGAGAAAAGAAUUUAGGUCCAAAGGUUGAAAUCUGAGGCUCAUGUGUUUGUGUCUUUAACAAUUUUAAUUUAAAUUCUGCAUUUCAUGAUAAAAUGAUUACCCAAUAAUUGAUUUAUUUUUCCUUGUUGGGAACCGUUAGUUACUUGAUACCUUUUAGCCCUAGACUUGUUUGUAUUUCAUGAAAUCUCUUACAUGGCCCCUCAAGUCGCUGACAAAAAAAUAGUUAAUUUUCUAUUAUUAGAGAAGAAUUCUAUUUAUUGAAGAAAAGUAACUGUCAGGACCCUGACACAUUCAUUUAAAGGUGCUAUGGGAUCUGAACCUGGAUCCCAAAAAUUGCACCUCCUGCCAUGCCUCCUUUCUGCUUACCAAUGCAGGGGGAAUCCAGAAUCAUAAUCAAUUGAAAGAGCCUACUGUGACCCAGGGGUGCCGUGGAGCCAGAGCUGAUAAUCAUUGAAUUGCUGGCUGCAGUUCAGGGACAGCACUGGAACUGGCUUACGGUAUGCCAUGUGUUUAAUUUAAGGUGCCAUACAAACCAGAAAUUAAAAUUUUCUAUAUUAUACAUGGAAUAUUGUUAUGGCUUGUUUAUUUUUGGUGUCUUAACUUGGGUGUACAUGUAGCACCUUUGCCACUUAUGCGAGUAUGAUGACCUGUCUACAUGUUACAUUUAUGCUGCAAUUAAAGUGUUAAUCGCAGCAUAUCUAGGGAAUAAAUAUGAUAUCCCUAAUUACUUGGGCCUGCAGCUGGCAGGAAUCUCAGCCCCAGUUGUGCCCCAUGCAGUAGUGACCUGGCUUUGAAGCUUUUUGGACAUAGAGAAUUCUCUCUCUCCAGAGUAAAAUAUUGGAGCAAUUUUUUUUUGUAUUCAGUCCCUAAGCUCUUUGCCGAUUAUGAUCUAGGUGCCAUAUAUAGAAUGCUUUGGUUUGAAAAGCAGCACCUAGACUGGCAUUGUUCCCUGUUCUUGUGAUUUUAUUAUUUUUUUUUUUUUUAAAUACUUUGUUUCCUUCAUAUAUCUGGGAUCCAGAGCACAUGAAUACACCAGGAUCUCAGCUUUCUUUAAACAGUUUCACUUCCUGCAAGCUUCAGAACACAAAUUCUAAAGGUUCCAACAAAGGUUCAAAAGCCAAAUGUAGUUUUUUAAAGCCUUAUAAUUUUUUUGAGGCUAUCCUGUAUUAGGGGAUCUACCUUCUUCACAAUUCAGCGUUUUUCACAGAAACCACGAAAAAAAGUGGCUUCUAUGAACCCUGUGAAAAUGGCAAUCUUGCCAUAACAACCAGAGUACAAAGGAAGGCAUGGCAAUCCCUGCAGCCAGAGCACGUGGUUUCACUGAGAGAGCUAGCGAUAGGCUGAGCCAGUGACAGUCUCAGUAAAGGCUUCCGUCAGGGAAGUGAGAGGAUUGCAGUGCCAUCUUUCAAACAACCAGAGGCAGUGCAGGCAAUGAUGUCUGAAGAUGAUGAGUAAAAGGAACUUCCUUAAAGCUAAGAACAUUUCACCUAUGGAUCAUAUAAGGCAUACCCUGCAGGAACCUUGCAUGCAGAUGCUGGGAAAUUGCUCUGUUCAUCAUGCAAUGUGACUCUGAAUGGGGUGAGGAAAAACAGCAUUUAUCACCACAUAAAGUCCAAAUUGCACGUGGAGCACAAGGCUGUUGCAGGGGCUGAAGGAAAGACCAAAAAACAAAUGACCGUAUUGUCAAUGUUUAAAAGGGUUAUGAAAGCAGUGUGACAAGGAGAGGGUACAUUAUAGCCAUGAGCAUCCCUCUGCAUAAAACUGACAGCCCUAAAUUAAGGGGGAACUUGAAGAAAAACAUGCCAAAUGGUGAAUGUUUUCCAUGUGUGGACAGUCUUUGCCAGGACACUCUACCUGCCAUGAUUGCUUCGCAUAUAGUCUACAAAGCUGCACUGGCAGAAUAUAAAUUCAUCUUAAUUGUAGCUGAUGAAGCUGCAGACCCUCAAAAUAACUUAUGUCCGGCACAUUUUAUUUGUACCUGGGAUCUGGACAGACCAUGAACUUCCUGUUUUUCAAGCACAGCAAGUUCACCUUGUGCCUGUCAAUUUUUCUACUGUGGUACAAGCUGUAGUGAAAGCUGUUGUAAACUAUAGCUUAGAUUUUAACAAGAUCUCAGCAUUUCAGUCUGGCAAUGUCAUAUGUAUGUGCAAAGCUUUCUCCGAUGUGCUCCAAUGCAAUUCAUGUCACUUACAAUAUGCAUGUCCUGGGUUUAGUAAGUGACAUUUAGCGCACAUGGUUUCCUGAUGUGGAUAGCUUGGUUUCCUCCAUUAGAAAGCCUUCAAACAUUGUCCAGGCUAUAAGCUCCAGUACAGGGAGUCCAUUGCCAAUCAAAUCUACAUGCAACUGUGCCAUUUCCACCAGAGCCAGUGCUUACAAGGUAAAAUUUGUUGUGUAAUGCAGUUUGUUACCACUCCAAGAAUAUGAAGUACUACCAGCAAUUUGUGAGCAUUGAGCUGGAAAUCACGCCAGACACACAGCAUACGCUUAAACUACACGAUCAGAAAGAGAAACAUUGAAAAUCAAGUGAUGUUUGUGGCUGAAAAUGCAGUCUGGUUAAUGGAGCUUCUGAUGUGCUUUCAAGGCCGGCAGGCUGUAAUCCACCAUGCACACAAUAAGCCGAUGAAUCCGAUGAGUUGGGUCCAAGACGUGGCAUCACAACAGCUUUCAAACUGUCAACAUUGAAAACCAGUGGAGACAAGAACUGUUCCAGGCAGUAGCUAUGAAGUUGAAUCAAUACUACAAGUACAAUCCGUUACAUCCACCAUGGUUUAAACAACUGUUUGCCUCCUUUUUUAGUGCUGUUCACAUUUUGUGCUCUUCACUUAACCAGGUGUCUGUUGUGAGCUAGUGAAAUCAAUCCCUGGAUGGGGGAAGAGCAUGCCAACAAAUGUACGCUUAUGUGAACUUUGUCGAAGAGUGGCAAAUGCCCAUGACUGUGGGGGGUUUUUAGCUUGUUUGUGACUGGUUUCCACAUCUCUACAGCUUAACAAGAUAUAGUGCCUUACCAUUCUAACCAUUCAGGGGAUGCAGAACAUGCAAUCUCAACAUAUGGACAAGUGUUCACACUGCAGAGACAGGAUGUCAGCUGCAACUGCUGGUGGAUACUGCAUGCUAGCAGUUAACAAGUAACAUGAUGACUUUUCUAUCAAGGUUAGCAUUAUUUAGUAUGACGUGGGUCAGCACUGCACCCAAAAUACUUGGGUUUGGGGAAAAGGGCUGCUGUGUAACAUUUGGUAUUCAGAUGUAUUAAACUGCAGAGUUAAUGCAGAAUUAAUUUUAUUCAUAGAAAUGUUAAUCGCUUCAUUGUGAGAUCUUAACAAUCAUGGCACUGAGCACCUUUUAGCUCCUUUUUUUCCACAGAUUCCAAAUGUAUUUAAGAUUUUCAGGGGUGUAGGUUUUAAUAUUUUCAAACAUUUGACUACUACCAAUAUCGCUUGUGAUUAAAUAUACAUUUUCUAAAAUUGCUUCCUAAACUUGUAGAACGUCAAUAAAUAAAG